AUGAAUAGGACUUUAUUGUUAUAUAGAGUCUGUAAAUAAAAAGGUAUUUAAUGUUUUUUUCCUUAAAGGAGAUAUAGAACAAGGACUUUUAAGUUUCAAUUAAUUCAAUAAUGAAGUUUGUUCUAUAGUACUAUUGAAGUAAUCACCAGACUAAGUUAAAUUUUUAUGUAUUCGUCUUUAAUAUGAAUAUGGUUUAUAUUUAGUGUAGAUGAAUGGCAUAUAUUUACGUUCUGUAAUUUAAUCAUCAUUGCUGAAACUUAAAACCUAUUCAUUUUGCCUAUUUGAAUAUUAAUUUCUAUAAGAGGGUGUAAGUGAAAGGAAUUUAUUAAUAUGGAGACUUCUAUUUUUGAAUUAACAUGAAUUCAUUAAUAUAUAGAAAGCACAAAGAAAAUUAAAAAUAAUAAAUAAGAAUAAAUAAUUACUUCUAUUCUAAACAUUAGUUCAUCUUACUUUUAUCUGA